UUAUCUUUCAGGACCCUCUUUGAUAAUCCAUUAUCAUACAUACCAGAUGGUGUUUUUAAGGAAAUUAAAUCCAGAACUACAGUGUAAGUGCUAAUUAAGGGUAUUUACUCGUUGGCAAGUGAUUUGUUCGUGUCACAAGAACUUAAAAUUCAUAGCGGAGCGCGCGCGCACAGCGGAGUCUUAUACUUAUUGAGAAUGGAAACCUAUCGAUGCCAGAGGAUUUGGUUAUGACGUUCGUUUGAGGUCGGAGGCCGGCAGUUUUGUCCGGUCGUUUGCCAUUCUAUGUCCGGUACUUUGUUAUCAAUUUUUUUUACUUGAGCAAACCAUGAACUUGCUGACUAGAGAAUAAAAGAAUAAGCGAUUAAAUUUCUUUGCUGUUUUCCCUUUUCAUUUAAACGAAAUUGGAGUGAAAAAGAUUACAACCUCAGUUAUCUUGUAUCUUUUUUGAAAAUAAAUAAAAAAUAAAUUCGCAAAGAUAAACAACUGAAAAUUAUGUUGUUGCCAUUCCCCUACCAACUGUCCAAUUUCAUUUGAGUAAGCUCCAGUGAACUCCAGCCUUGCCUGGGAAACUGAUUCUUGGGUUCCAGAAACGCUGGAAACAGCUUUCCUGAGCUUUCUAUUACAAACAUUUGCUGGGGGAGCAUACCCCCACACCCGAUAGGUAGCUUCUGCUGUGCCAAAAAAUUUCGCGUCUGGUGCUUUCAGAAAUAUGUCCAGUACUUUAAAAAACUGUCGAAAGUAGGUGACGUCAGCGUACGCCCGACCUCCCGUCCGAACGAAAUAUGGGAGUAGGGGUAAAAAACUCAGUAUGCUAGGGAAGGGAGCCCCAGCCAUGUACGUAGCGUUUCGUUUUGGCGAAAAAUUGACCAUUUUAUGGGCAACCAACUGAGUCGGGCGAUUAAAAAUCUAGAUUGAAGUUUCUUGUGUUCGACUUACGACAAACUUUCGAAAAUAAAUUUCUUAAGCUUUGCUUAUUGCUUGGUCACGCUUUUGGUCACGAUCCAGGAACUACCUAGUCUCCCCUCGACACGCUUAGUCAAAAUUUUGACAGGUUAAUUCAUGAACGAAAACUUAUUCAACAUCUCAUAUAUAGACUUAACCAGGUCUUAAAACGAAGCUCUCGUUAAUAUUUAUACCAAACAUAAAAUCGUGUAAUGCUAAGUGGCGACCGCAACGAAAAUGGCCAAAAAAAUCAGUAGAUCUAAUUAGCAAAAAACACCUUUGCACUUGCAGCACACUUUUUUCGUACAUUUCGUUGCCGUUGUUUUACACGACUACAACGUGAAACUUCCAAAAACUUCCUAGUUACAAGUUUUAUAGAGGAAAUGUCGUACGUGUUCCUGUUCACUUUCGUUGUCUCUGCAGGUCAUUUUCAGCUCGAUGGCCAAUAGUAUUCUCAGUUUCUCACUACCGCUAUAAAAUUUUCAUGUUUUUCUUCCAACGAAAUUGGUCGCAUUUGUUUUGGCCUUGAUUGAAUUUUUUUGUGCAACACAUUACAAAUUUUUUACUUUCUCCUUGAGUUGUAUAUGCCGUUGGUUUCUUUGAGCACGCACGUAAGGAAACUCGCCCAUAGCUUUGGUGCAUACGUCGGAUGUUUCAAAUAAGCGAAACAAUAUCUUUGCUUCUUCACAAACAUCCAUUCUUUUAAAUACUGAUUUCACCUAACUUACAGAGUCUUAUCGCACUAGAAGAAAUACAAAGAGAUUGCUUUAUUGGCGCCGUGGUUGUUUGUCUCCCGCGAUCUUUACAAUACGCUGCUACACGUCAUCAGCCUUUUCCCUUUUUCAUUAGAAUCAUUAACUUACAACGCUCGCGACUUGUAAAGCAGCGACAUGGCUUUUUUUUGUUUCGAAACGGGCAUCCAUGUCGCAGACACAACAACAACCAUAACACAGACACAACAACAACUUUCAAAGACCAAUUUGAAAUUAAAUUAUGUUAUUUCUUACAGGUCGAUUACUUGUGGAAACUUAUAUCAGCUUCCUGCCGGAAAUAGUUAUAGUUCAGUUAUGUAAGUGGGUACACAUCAAUAAAAUUCUGCUACAGUCAAAUUCCGUUAAUACCGAUGCUAUAGCGCCAUAGAAAGUGUCGGCAUUAACGGGUGUCCGUAUCAAGAGGGUUGAGUUUAGAAAAAACAGGAGGGCUUUCCUGAGAGAUAAACAAAACUGUGCGUAAUAACAAGGUGUCUGCCGGAUAAGCCGGUGUCGGUAAAGCGGUAGCCUGAGAAAACAGCCGACAUUUGGCGACGCUACCACUGGUUUUCCCGCCAAGUGAAGUCUGAGAAACGAGCCCAGAAAUUCUAUACUGAUGACGCGUCACUACCCACAUCGGGUAGUGCUUCUGAUUAGUCGUUCCUCCUGGGAAAUUUAGUUCAACCAAUCAGAAGCACUACCCAGUUCUGGGUAGUGACGCGUCAUCAGUAUGGAAUUUCUGCGCUCGUUUCUCAGACGUCAUUUGGCGGGAAAACCAGUGGUAGCAUCGCCAAAUGUCGGCUGUUUUC